AUGUAUGCUGACUUCAUUGCUGGAUGGGCAGCAGGUGGAGCUGGUCUCCUAGUCGGACAUCCGCUUGACACAGUCAAAGCACGGCUCCAAACAAUGAACAUCUAUAAAGGAAUCGUAGAUUGUAUGGUCAAAACUAUGAAACAAGAAUCGGUUUAUGGUCUCUAUAAAGGAAUGUUUGUACCAUUUCUCUCCACUGGUGCUCUCCAUUCUCUGCUCUUCGCUGGUUAUGGAGCGGGUCUCAAAUUUCUUCAUCCGGGUGAUUCAAAUGUGAUGGCAAGAAAAGAUUUGCCAAUGAGUGAUAUUUUGAUAGCUUCCAUUUGUGGUACUCUCGCCCAAGUUGGACCAGUUAUUCCUGUGGAAUUGUUGAAAACAAAACUUCAGGUCCAAAGAGAAAAUGUUGGUCACUUCUCGAAACACUCUCAAAAUCUGUACGCGGGUCCAAUGGAAUGUGCUCGUGAGACAGUUCGAACAGAAGGAAUUCGUGGAUUAUUCAAAGGAGGAAGUGUUGUUUUCUUCCGGGAUAACAUUGGAUAUCUCUUCUAUAUUCCCGUCUAUGAAGGUCUCAGCCGAUACUUUAGAACUCAUAAUCUGGAGAAUACAUAUACUCAGCUUUUCGCCGGUGGUUGUGCAGGUGUAAGUGGAUGGAUUUCCGUGUGUCCGCUGGAAGUUGUCAAAAAUCGGAUGCAAGCAGAUAAAAGUCAUAAGACAAUAUCACCGAAACAAAUGGCUUUGAAGAUCUAUCGAGAAGAAGGUCUCCGAUCAUUUUAUCGUGGUGGAUGGGCUAUUUCUCUACGUGGGUUCGUCGUCAACGCUGUCAUUUUUGUUGUCUAUGAGAAUACUUAUGCAUUUUUUGAUUGA